AUGCCGCUCUUCGGGAAUAUUGUUGUAAUUAAACGGAAUGGGACUGAUGGAAUUAGGUUUCCACUCACUGCAAGUUCUUGUUUAUUUGGAAGGAGAACAGAAUGUGAUAUUCGCAUCCAGUUACCUCAGGUUUCGAAAGAACAUUGUAAAAUUGAAGUAAAUGAAAACAAGGAGGCAAUAUUGACUAAUUUAAGUACAGUGAAUCCUACGCAGCUGAAUGGUGGUUGUUUUCAGCAACCUGUACCUCUGAAGCAUGGAGAUGUGUUAACUAUUAUUGAUCGUUCUUUCAGAAUACAUCAAUCUAGUAAAAAGCAAAAUGAAAUGUCUCCCUUCAGUAAACUCUAUGAAAAACUGAAACAUGAGAUUAAAGUGAAAAAAGCUCUGCAAGAGGGAAAUGAGAUGUCAAGAGAUAUCAGUGAAAGAAGUCACUUGCAGGAUCAGAAGGAGCUGAGUACAGCAGGCAAAUCUAAACAUACUGAAGUUACGACCACACCCAGUAAGGAGAAUGAUGGAAAUGCAGCAUUUGCUCUGAAGCCGUGCUCUAUAGAAUGCUUGGGCUAUGCAGAUAAAAUGAAAAUACCCAGCCGUGCAAUAGCAGUAGAUAAACCAGCACAAACAGCUAACACAACAAGCAUUUCUGAGGUAGAUAAAUAUGUUCUGUCUACACCAACGCCCAGAAGGAAGAGUCCUCGGUCUCAUUUCAUAUCGCCCACCAAAGAAACUAGUGGAAUGAAUCCUGUAAAUACCGAUACUCCAACAAGUCGACGACGUGUGUCAUUGAAACGUAAGUCUUUUUCAGAAGUUUUAGCUGAAGCUCAACGGGAAGAUUCAGUGUGCAGAAAUGAUAGCCUCAAACAACUGCCUUUGGUGGAAAAUAAAUGCUUAAAACAAAGACGGAAUAGUAAACAGCAUACACCAGGAAAACUGAUAAAAGAAGAAGUGCUGAAAGAAAUCUGUGAUCAGGCAAACUGUGUUAACUCAAAAGAGGGACAUUCUGAAACUCCUGCCUCUUCUUCUAAUUCCAAGAGUCCCAGAAGAAAUAACAGGCGAAGUAAAGAAUUAUCAAGCAAAAGCGUCUGUUCAGAGACAGUGCCUUCAGAAGAGUUAACAUCGGAACUGUCAUCUCCUGCUGGUCAGAAAUCUGACUCUGGAAGAAAAAGGGGUAGGCCGAGGACCUCUGGACUGCUAACUGAAAAAGCAUUGGAGACAAAUGCUGUUCAAGAACAUCACGGUAAGACUACAGACAGAAAAGACAGUGGAGCUAAAGAAGAGCUGGCCACAAAGGGCUAUCAUCAGAAACCAGAGCUGGAAGAUGCCAGUGUUACAAGACCUCGUAGGUCGACAUCAAAGAGAAGGUCUUCUGGAAGUGCUACUGGACUGAAAGACCAUAAGGCUGUCUCGGAAACGAAUAUUUCUGGCCUGUUGGCUGGAGAAGAGUCAGGCAAGACGGAAAGGAUAUCUCAGAAGAGGAAAAGUGGCGAUUUGUUACUUCAGCCUUUAGGAAAAAGAAAGAGAGUGUCUUUUGGUGGUCAUCUGAGUCCAGAACUUUUUGAUAAAAGUUUGCCUCCCAACUCACCCCUUAAAAGAGGUGCGAUUCCUGCGAGGCUGAGCUUACCGUUUGGAAACUCGCCACGUGCAGUUCUGAAGAAGGCUCAGGGAUUGAAGCACUUUGCAGUCCAGGAACCUUCUGAACAUUUGCAGAAAGAAAAAAUGUCACCAAAAGGUUUCCCAACCCAGAGGUCCCCAGAUGCCUCAUCCCCUGCCUCUGGGAAGGCAACACCUAAACUUACUUUAGGCUCUCCAGCACCUUACACAAAAGGACGUUUCUCUAUUUCUCACGUCCCGACACCGUUACCGAUUGCAGAAGAGAAGGAUGCUGUUGUGGAAGACGUGAAUACAAAGGAGAAAAAUGGUGCCCGAGUGAAAACACCUAAAUCUUCUCGCAUUAACCAAGAUGAUAAAACCUUUUUAACGGCUACACCCGACAAAUUAACAAGAAGCGCACAACUUGCUUUGAAGGUCACUCCCAUGAAGAGGAGAAGUGGGGCUGUAGCAGUUAUCAAUGCAAAAAGAAGAAGUGGUGCCUCUAGUGCCAAUUUACUAGUUGCAAAAUCUUGGGCAGAAGUAGUGAAAUUAGGUGUUGCAAGACCACAAUCAAAGGCUGUUAAAAAAAAAAGAAAAAUAAAAGGUCAUUUUAGUACAGGUCAUGCUGAGUCACCUGCUACAAUAGUUGUAGGUAGAGCUUACUCCGCCACACUCAGAAUGGCUGGACAGGUCCCUAAAGUGGUAAAAAAUCCUAUCUUGAAGCUAAACAUGAACAUGGACGAAAGCUUCACAGGAAUGACUGAAAUGUUUCAAACUCCAGAAAAUAAGAGUCGAAAAACAUUACCUUUGGCUACUGGUCAGAAGACUGAUUUUACACCAACAUGUACUGCAGUGGAAAUUUCUGAACUGCACACUCCUGAAGAAUCUGGAGAGAUGCUGGUGUCGCCAUUAAAUAGUUCAGAUGCUUCAGAACAGAAACAAGAAAGUCCAGGAUUUUGCCACUUUCUGAGAGAGAAGGAGUCUCUAAGGUCUAUGUUUGAUGCAAUAUCCACAAAAACUCCUGAAAAAGGAAGAGCCAUGCUGGAAGAAAAUAUUAGUGUGGAUAGUCUGUCAAUAAUUCCAGAAAAACAAGCAUCUCGGGUGAAAUCAGGAAGUAAAAGGAGGACUCCAAAGCAGAAGUUGGAGCCAGUUGAGGUCAUGUCAGGCAUCAAGCAGCUUUUAAGGACCCCUGAACAAAGGGCAGAACCAGUAGAAGCCUUAUCAGGCAUCAAGCAGCUCAUGAAGACGCCGAAGCAGAAGUCGGAGCCUGUAGAGGCUUUGUCGGGCAUCAAGCAGCUCAUGAAGACCCCAAAGCAGCAGUCAGAGCCUGUGGAGGCUUUGUCAGGCAUCAAGCGGCUCAUGAAGACCCCAAGGCAGAAGUCGGAGGCUGUAGAGGCCUUGUCAGGAAUCAAGCGGCUCAUGAAGACCCCAAAGCAGAAGUCGGAGCCUGUAGAGGCUUUGUCGGGUGUCAAGCAGCUCAUGAAGACCCCGAAGCAGAAGUCAGAGCCUGUGGAGGCCUUGUCAGGCAUCAAACAGCUCAUGAAGACCCCAAAGCAGAAGUCGGAGCCUGUAGAGGCCUUGUCUGGCAUCAAGCAGCUCCUGAAGACACCAGAGCAAAAGUUGGAGCCAGCUGAGGUCCUAUCAGGCAUCAAGCGGCUCAUGAGGACUCCACAGGAGAAGCCAGAACCAGUUGAGGUCCUGUCAGGCAUCAAGCAGCUCUUGAAGACCCCACAGCAGAAGCCAGAACCAGUUGAGGUCCUGUCAGGCAUCAAGCAGCUCUUGAGGACCCCACAGCAAGAGUUGGAACCUAGUACAGAUGAAAUUGCCUUUGAAAGAUUGCUGAAGACUCCAGUACAAAAAAAGGAAGCAGUAAAAGAUGUGGCAGGUGUUACUUUAAUCAAGAAAACUCCAAAGAUGAAAUAUCAACCAGUAGAAGACAUGAUUGGGGUCAGCCGUAUUUUCAAGACACCAAAGGAAAAAGUUGAACCCAUAGAAGAUAUGUUUGGUAUUAGUAGACUAGUGAAGACUCCGAGAGAGAAGUGUCAACCAGUUGAUGAUUUUGUGGGUCUGCAAAGGCUGAUGGCAGAACCCAGGCAGAAAUGUUCUGAUUUUGAAGUGGACUAUGUUGGACUUACGGAAAUGUUUGAUAUACCAGAGGAAAUUAAGGUCAGAUCAGUAAACGCUGUGGAUUCUAAGCAAGGAGAUACUGUGCCUCCUUGUACUAAUUCCAGUCAUAAAUACGAAGACAAAGGAAAUAUUUCACAAGGUGAAGAUUCUCAACAGAAGGAAUCAACUAGCGAAGACCAGUCUACCCAGAGACCAACAAGGGGCAGAUCACGGAAGACAGUACAUACUGCUUCAGCAAAGCAGUGUGAAAAGGAUUUGAAUCUAAAAGAAUUGCAAGGUCCGGGAAAAAAGAAUACCCAAGAGGAGAUGGGAGAGAUCAGUAUUUCAAAUCUAGUAGCUAAAAACAAAGGAAGAGGAAGGAGAGCAAACCGUUGCAUACAAGAAGUUGUUUCAGAGAACCCUGAUCAGGAAAAAGUUGGAACUGUUUCGUUUGUGGAACCUCAUGGAGCUACUCAAAGACCAGGAAGAGGUAAAAGGAAAGAACCAACGGAGUUAAAACAUCCAAGUGAUAAUCUUGAGUCUUGUGGCAAAGAUCCUUCAGUUCUACAGAAAGAACCUGCAAAUAUGAAACAGACUUUGCAGGAGUGUGGCAUCAGUGUCAUACUAGAAACUGAAGGUGAUCCAACCAUAAAGACAGUAAGUGUAUCUGGUAGCAUUCAAAAUGAAAAUUGUCAACUACAAACAGGUUUAGAAAAAACUGAAAACAAAUCUAAUGAAGCUGGUGUAGAAGACAGUGAAGAAAUGCUUCUGUCACCUGGGAGGAGGUCUAGAGGAGUAAGAAAAGUAGAAAACACAGAACCACUGAUUCCACCUAAAAGAGGAAGAAGAGUUAGAAAUGGCCAAGUUAAACAAGCUGCUUCAGAGGACCUUCAUGGGACAACGAGGAAGCUGCGCAAAGACGCAUCAGCAGAGACGGUACAAAGAGAUGAACGGACUUUUGACAAAGAUAAUGAGAUUGCCACAGCAGAAGAAUCUGAAAAUGGAGCUAAACUUGAAAUAAAGAUAACAGAGAAAACAGUUAAGUCUUUAAGAAGUGGUAGAAAGCAGUCAACUGAAGGAAAUGCAGACAUUUGCGGGAUGGCACUUGCAAAUAUACAAAACAUUCUGAAAACUGAGGAAACUUCAGCUGAAACUGAUACUGAAACACAAUCACACAUGAAAAAUGAGAUUAAAGUAUCUCAGGGAGAUGAAACAGAAAAUGCUCAGGAAAAUACAACAGAGACCUCUCAAAGAUUAAAGGCAGAGUCACCUUCUGGAGAGACAAACAAAAUGCCGGUUACUGCUGUGAACUUGGAAGCAAACAGAAGUGCAGUACGAGAAACAAACAGAACUAGAAACAGGAGAGGCAGAAAUGACUCUUUGGAGAAAAAGACUGAUGAAUUUGCUGAAGAUGUAAAGAACUUAGAACUAAUUACUCCCAAAUUUAAGUCAGAAACAGAAAUGGAUGAAUCUUCUCUCAAAGAUUCUUUGAGCUCUGUUUGUGUCAAGAACACAUACCAAAUCACGAAGGACCAGGACAACCCAGCUGGCACAUCAAUACCUGCUGCAAACAGUGACAGCCUUGCUCAUUGCCGUCAAAAGCGGACAAGAAAUGAACAGGGAAUAGUGAAACCAAAGCAAACUGAAAUCCUGCAAGAGAAUCAAGCGCAAAACAACGGAACUGCAUGUAGAAGAGGUAGAGGUAGAAAAGUCAGUUUUGAACUUGAAGAAGCCAGUUCCAAAGCGGUUGGAGGAAAAAAUAGUUCACCUGGGGAUGACGAAGGAAUGACUUACAAAGAUGGUCAACAUGAGACUUCAGAAAAUCCCGCCUCACAAGUAAGGAGGAGCAGAAGAAAGCAAGUUGAUUCCAUGCCACAAAUAGCUUGUUCUACCUUUACGGAAAAACAGACAUUAAUUGCAGUUCAUAGUAAAGAUGAGGCUUUUGUAAAGGAGCAAGAUUCAGCUUUGGAAGCUACUCCCUCUUCAACAGAAGACAAUCCACCGAGACGAGGGAAAAGACGAGACGUUGCUGCAGCAUCACAGACAUCUAGAUCUCUUUCUAUCAGAAAAAGACGUGGGUUGCUAGAAGGUGGUGAUGAAAAGAUGACUGUGAGAGAAGAUCAAAAUCCAGCUUUGGGAAAUAAAACUUUGCAAGCAAAAGCAAAUGCAUCAGCAAGGGACAAAAGGAAAAAGAUUGAUCUAGCAGCAGAGGCAAAAAGUUCAUCUUCUCUCCAGGGAAAAUGUGGCUUGUCAGAAACUGAUGAUAAAGAGGAGAGUACUAAUGAAGAACAAAAUACGCCUUUGGAAACAGUGUCCUGUGCAAAAGAAAAGCCAUUAGGAAGGGGCAGAAGGAAAGAAACUGCUCUGGCAUCACGCACAACUGAUUACAUUUCUCUUAGAGGAAAACGCGGUUUGCCAGCAAAUAACGGUAGAGAAGAAGCUCCUAAAGAAGAUCAAAAUGUUCCAUUAAAAACUUCUGAUUCAUCUAGAAUGAUGAAAAUAGAUCGCUACAAAAAGGAAAAAGAAACAAAGCUAAAGAAGAACUCGGCAAAGAGGAU